CCUGGGGAUUCCCUAUGCUCAGCCUCCAUUGGGUGAGCUGAGGUUUUCUCAGCCUCGACCACCGAAAGUGAAUCCGAGUCACAGAAUAGACGCCACCGCUUACGGAAAAGCGUGUUUGCAACCCCUUUUCGGGGGUCUGACGGGCUUGACAACCUCUGACUUGUCAGAAGAUUGUCUUUUCAUCAAUAUCAUCCGGCCUUCAAACCUGCCCCGCGGUACGAAACUUCCAGUGAUGGUUUGGAUUCAUGGAGGGGCUUUUUACUUUGGUGCUUCACAACUGUUCAACGGCUCGGCGAUCGUCGCCCAAAGCGUUCUCUUGAACGAACCUGUCAUCUACGUUUCCCUCAAUUAUCGUCUAAACGCCUUUGGGUUCCUUGGCGCACCUGAACUGGCAAGCGACCCUACGACCGGAACGCUCAAUGCUGGUUUACAUGAUAUGAUCGGUGCAUUGAAAUGGGUGCAGGAGAACAUUGGUGCUUUUGGAGGGAACAAGAACCGAGUGAUAGUGUUUGGUGAGUCGGCAGGUGCGAUUGCGAUUGGGACUCUCCUCGUUGCUGGAGGAGGACAUUAUGUGAAACAUCACAACUUAUUCCAUGGUGCCAUCAUGGAGAGCGGGGCUCCAGCAGGUCUCCCCGUUCCCACUGUAUCCGAUCUCGUACCCUGGACAAAUAUCUUCACUACUGCAGCAGGCUGUCUUCCUUCCAAUCCCUCCAUCAUAUCAUGCCUUCGUUCGAAACCGUCCGAGGUGCUUUACCAAGCUUCGCUCGUAACGUUAAGCGCGACGACGGGCCUCGCACUCGUUUAUAAUCGAGUUGUGGACGGAUUCUUUUUCCAGGAAGGGAAACGUGCGGCGGAAGAAGUAAGAAAGGGGAAUGUAGCGGAUGUGCCUAUCAUCACGGGGUGCAAUCUCGACGAAGGAACGUUAUUCGUACCACACACGUUUAACACUGCGGACGAAAUAGUGAAUUUUUUCAGAGUAGGAUUAUUAUACGUUGGAAACCUUAGCGUAGCGACCCCAGAACAAACGAAGCUCUUCAAAGGCCUUCUGGAGUUGUACCCCGAUAUUGCUGCGAUCGGAAGUCCCUACGAGCCUGUCGGGGUGAGUAAAGACGAUCGGUUCUUCGGGUCGAAUAAUCAGUAUAAGAGAGCUGCGAGUUUGCUUGGGGAUAUUGUCUUUCAUAGUGGUCGACGCGCAUUGUUGGAUGCGUAUGUUGAACACUUUGGUUUCCACCCGGCAUGGACAUACCUUUAUACCCAAGUGACUCCAGAUACACCAGCGUACCAAGGUGUCUAUCACGGAAGUGAGCUCCCGGCUGUAUUUGGACUGUAUGCUAUACAGAAUACAACCUCGGAUCUGGGCAAAACGUCGUUAGUUAUGAUCAGCGCCUGGGUCACCUUUGCGAAUUCUCUCGAUCCUAACCGCCCUUCCUUGCUGCCAUUUUGGCCUAGGUACGGAUGGGAACGUAACAUGUUACGAAUUGGGAAUGGGCACUUCGAUCUCAUUAGGGAUAAUUUUCGAAAGGAAGGGAUAGAGUUCUUGCAGAGGAAAGAGUUCACGGAUGUGUUUAACUUUUGAGGCUCAGGUUGUUAUAACUGGUCUCCUCGCUGAUGAGUUUUGAGGAGACCAAGACCUGGUUGUGGGGGGGGUGGCCUAAUCUGGAUUUGGACUCAGGCACUCCCCGUUUCUUGGGCAAGGUUGCGUGAAUGCGCUGCGCUUAGUUUAUAACCGAUGGAUAGUUUUCUUUUCAUUGGGGUUUUUUUUUUUAGUUCCACAUUGCUGGAACUAAGGUUGAGUAUAUUCUUGCCGUUGACACCGUAUCUAGCGCCUGAUACGCUAGGUAGUCACAUUUAG